AGAAUCGAUAUAUUUCCUAUUGUUAUUUAUUAAUUUAUCGAUAUCAACACCUAUAUUCUGUAUCGAUCACUGUGGGCUUUAUCACGCGAUUAUGUUGAUAUCAAUGAAAUUGUGAGCGAGUGAUGAUGUGUGUUGGUUUAUCAGUGUUUACUUGACAGCGUGACCGGCAGGCAAACAAAACAGCUCAGCAAUGAAAUUAACACCCAGUACUAGUUCAGGAGUGCCAUUGCUAGUGAGUAUGUUACCAGUGACAGAAAUUACCCGGAAAUAAAUCUCUGUUGCGGAUAACUGUAGUGACAUGGCUGAAACAGACGUUAUACGACCUCUGGGCGUUGUCGAUGAAAGGCGGAGAUACGGUGUGUUCCACUGGGGCCUUCUAGUCUCGGGCCUUCUGCUUCUUCUGACAGUGGUGGUGCUAGCUCUGGUGCUGUUCGUUGAUGUCGGUAACACUGCGCUGGUGCUCUCCGUCCUCGUGGCCUGUCUCAUAGCCGUGGGUAUAUCGGCAUGCAUCUUUCUGGAGUGGUUGCACCGACGAGCACUCAGGCGACGGGACGACGGUGCCAAGGCGUGGAUACACCACACGAUCAAUGAGAACCAGUUGGCUCUAGCAGAGGAACCGACGCCAAUACCAGAGCCCAACGCCCCCUCACUUACACCACGCUCGUCCUGGAUUCACUGGGCGCCAUGGAAGUCACCGCGCAGUACUGGUCCGCCAUCUUCCCGGAGCACUGCUCCAUCAUCUUCACGGAGCACCGAUUCGCCAUCUUAUACUGCCGUGGCACGUAAUGGCAGAUAAUGCUACAGACAUCGAAACUAUCUGUUAACAAUCCAGAGUAGUGAAGCUGUCUCAGCUAUUAAAAAUGACAGCUUGGUUAAUAGGACCUAAAAAUAGGAUACUUAUCUCGCAGAGAAGUUAAACUUCAGUUCACAGUGAACACACAUGCACAGGGUACUUACGUUAUUUUAUUGGUUAUAAAAACAACAGCUUUUUUCACUGAUGCAUCGAAUGACUGGGUAUUUUCGCAGUACGAGCGGGAAUAUAUCAUUUGCAGAAAGAGGAACGCACGUAGACAUCAGUGAUGAAAUCAUACAUUCUCUCUUCUCAUUUUGUAUGCUAAAACAUGAGUUAAAAUGCAGUUGUGGGUCUAGAGUCGAACAGAGAAUCACCCGCUUUUCUGUCCUGUCGUAUAUGCAGUUAACAAACAACUUACGUCUAUUACAAGAAAUUCCUUAGGAGUUCUUAUUGAGCUGAGGAUAUGUGUUUUGUAUUCCUCAAGAUGUAAUGCUCUGAAGGGGUACUUCUAGUCAGAACAGAGCAUUCGCCACUGGUGGAGAGCUCUCUUAUUCCCCAAGAUGUAAUGCUCUGAAGGGGUACUUCUAGUCAGAUCAGAGCAUUCGCCACUGGUGGAGAGCUCUCUUAUUCCCCAAGAUGUAAUGCUCUGAAGGGGUACUUCUAGUCAGAUCAGAGAAUUCGCCACUGGUGGAGAGCUCUCUUAUUCCCCAAGAUGUAAUGCUCUGAAGGGGUACUUCUAGUCAGAUCAGAGAAUUCGCCACUGGUGGAGAGCUCUCUUAUUCCCCAAGAUGUAAUGCUCUGAAGGGGUACUUCUAGUCAGAUCAGAGAAUUCGCCACUGGUGGAGAGCUCUCUUAUUCCCCAAGAUGUAAUGCUCUGAAGGGGUACUUCUAGUCAGAUCAGAGAAUUCGCCACUGGUGGAGAGCUCUCUUAUUCCCCAAGAUGUAAUGCUCUGAAGGGGUACUUCUAGUCAGAUCAGAGAAUUCGCCACUGGUGGAGAGCUCUCUUAUUCCCCAAGAUGUAAUGCUCUGAAGGGGUACUUCUAGUCAGAUCAGAGAAUUCGCCACUGGUGGAGAGCUCUCUUAUUCCCCAAGAUGUAAUGCUCUGAAGGGGUACUUCUAGUCAGAUCAGAGCAUUCGC